CACAGGUAGAGCUCGUGAAGCCUUCCAAGCAAGUAGAGACAUCUCCGAUUCGGCAAGGUCACUCCGCAUUCGCCCGCGCUUGUCCGAAUCGGGUCGGCAAAGUCUCCAGCUGCGCAGCUCCAUCAUCCGCCGAGUUCAACGAGUACGGCAAAUUCAUUUCAACCACACUCUCAGCUUUGUGUUAGAUUGGUAUUUCUUAUCUAUAUAUUUGGUACUAUCACUUGAGCUGGCUCGCUGUCAUCUAAUACACACCCUACCGCUUGCCAUUCUCCAGCGCUGCAGCUAUGGAAGUGGCCAGCGCUCAACAACAUUCCCUCAACCACUCUCAAUAUCAAAACGAUCCCAACAUCACCUCUAACACCAUGGAUACCACAAUGGACAUUGAUAUGGACCUCGACCUAGGCCCGCUUCCAGAACCGGAGGCCAUUGAAACUGAACCAGCACAGGCGACUGUUUUUGCCGAAGAAGGUGCAGUAGAUCACCUCGAGGAAGAAGCGACAUAUGAGAAAGUCCAUGUUCGAGGAGUGGAUGAGUUGACUACCGAUGACAUCAAGCGAUUCGCGACGGAACAUUUCCACGUCGAGGAACCAAGUCGUAUCGAAUGGAUUGACGACACGUCGGCUAAUAUUGUUUACUCAUCGGUGGAAGUUGGCUUACAAGCGCUGGCUGCACUCACUCAGGUUGGAGUGGAGGACGCAUCGGCGCUGCCAUCUCUGCGAUUGCGCAGCGCAAAGACCCUGUCGAGCCAUCCGGACUCUGUCCUGCAAGUGCGGUCGGCUGUCAAGACCGACAGGAAGAGGCCACGGGCGCAUGAAGCGAGUCGUUUCUAUCUGAUGCACCCUGAGCAUGAUCCGAGGGAACGGUUGCGCCGGGAGCUCUCGAAAAGGAGGCACCACGGCAAAAGGGACGAUAGUGAGGGUGACUACACACGGCGGCGAUUCGAUGACCGAGAACAUCGUCGCCGGAGAGACAAGGGCGAAGAAGAAGGAUUUGGUGCAGGCAUGUAUGAUGACGAACCCGCAGACCACUCGGAUGCAGACAGAGGACGCGGUCGGUCUCGUCCUGGCAGGCGGGCGGAGUUGUUCCCUGACCGUGAUAAUGAGUCUGGGCGUCUCCGUGGCCGCAGUGCUUCUCCAGGCCGUGACCUGCUAGACGAGGAAAGCAGAAAUGAUGGCGACCGCCACAGACGAUUCCGUGAGCGCUCGCCUCAGGUGUCUCGUCGGAAUAAAGGCAGGGAGCUAUUUCCAUCCAAUGGAAGUGACUCAAGUUCGCGAGAGCUCUUCCCCAAUAAGACGGCUUCUGCAUAUAUCAAGAAGGAAUUGUUCCCGACCAAAAGCGCCAGUAAUCAUCGUCGGUCCGAUGCGUUUGAUGCCGCGGACGAGACGGCGGAAUCCUUGGCGAAGCGAAUCACUGUUCCGCUCGUCGACGGAGCUCAAGAUCAGAAUACCUCAGGCCGUAAUGCCAAUGUCGAGCUCUUCCCGCAGUCUGGAGACAAUGGUGUCAGUAUCCGGGGCGCUGCGGCCCAAGCGUCGGGGUUGUCUAUUCGUGGCGCAGCGAACGGAUUGUCGAUCAAGGGUCGAGGUGCCUCAGUCCGGGAGUUAUUCCCAUCGAAGUACAGUAACAACGCGGGAAAGGAACUGUUUACUGACAAGCUUGAAGGAAGAGGAGGCCGGCGUCGCAAGGCGGAGGAUAUGUUUUCCUGAUGAGCAUGGGGUCACGAGCUUCACAUAAUUGCAUACAUCAAAUUCAGUGACGUGCUGGUUCAGUGACAUCUGCUAGAGCAUAUUGCCAGCUCAUUAAAGGAGUUCUGGGAUUUGGUUCAUGAUACUAUUUCACGAUUCGAAGCUAAACUGGGUGGGGAAAGAAAAUACCUAAAAGCCCUUAACGACUUUGCCUUUAAUAGAUUCCCAAGUAUGAUAAAUGAUGAUCUCUGCAUCGGAUUCCUUUCUUGUUAGAUCUUGUAGUCCGGG